AUGGUCAGGCUCAGCUCUGCCUGCGGUUACUGCUGCUGUCUUCCCGAACUGGGUAGCUCCACACUUCUCUGCUUCUCCUUGACUCUGUCACUGUAAAAGGCUCUGGGAACAGUAGCUGACUGUCUUUCUCCCCUUUUGUUCCUAGAUGGGGAUGGUCGGAGACUGAAAGGAGCCAUCCAGAGGAGCACAGAAACUGGGCUGGCUGUGGAAAUGCCCAGCCGGACCGUCCGUCAAGCCAGCCAUGAGUCCAUUGAGGACAGCAUGAACAGCUAUGGAUCAGAGGGAAACUUGAAUUUCAGUGGAGUCCAUCUGGCAUCUGCUGGGCAGUUCAGUGACUUCCUGGGGAGCAUGGGCCCUGCACAAUUUGUUGGGCGUCAGACCUUGGCCACCACCUCGAUGGGGGAUGUGGAAAUCGGCUUGCAAGAGCGAAAUGGGCAGCUAGAAGUGGAUAUCAUUCAGGCUCGAGGACUGACACCAAAGCCCGGCUCCAAAACACUGCCAGCUGCUUACAUCAAAGCUUACCUGCUAGAGAAUGGCGUGUGCAUUGCGAAAAAGAAGACAAAAGUGGCUCGCAAAUCAUUAGACCCUUUGUACAAUCAGGUGUUACUGUUUGCUGAGAGCCCCCAGGGCAAAGUAUUACAGGUGAUAGUCUGGGGAAACUAUGGACGCAUGGAGCGCAAGCACUUCAUGGGAGUCGCCAGGGUCCUCCUGGAAGAACUGGAUUUGUCAACUUUAGCAAUUGGCUGGUACAAGCUCUUCCCAACCUCCUCAAUGGUAGAUCCCACUACAGGCCCGCUCCUGCGUCAGUCCUCACAGCUUUCCCUGGAGAGCACAGUGGGACCCUGCUGUGACAGGUCUUAG